UCAAACGAUGGCAGUAAACGGUUAAAUAACACCUAUAACGUUUGCCGCAGCUACAAAAACAAUGGCGACCUCUUCUGAUCCCUUUGAAGGUAUCGAUAUGUCAGGAUUUCGGAACAAAAGGGAACCAGCCUUGAUUAAAGCUGCACGUGCAUUUCAGGAAAGCACUUCGACAAGGUAUUCAAAAAUGAAAAGUGAUAGAGAGAUAAAUAUUGCACUGGAAAAAGAGUUGACGCAAUUGAAGAAACAAAUGGAUUCCAAAAUGUCUGAACUGCAAGAUUUACAAAAUUUAGCAGAACAGACGAAACCAGCCGCUCAUAUUUUGGAGACAGUGAUGGGUGAACUGGAACAAAGGAAUUUAGAAUUGUCAUCGUUACUGAAAGCUUCUGAAGAAAGUCGAAAAGAUAUGGAGGAGUUGUUAAAGGAACAAAACGAAGAAUUAACAACUUUGAGAGCAAACACAUUGAUUAUGCAAACCUUAGAAGCAGAAGUCACUCAACUGAAUAACAAGAAGACUGAGCUUUUCGGAGUGAUACAAACGUUAGAAGAGGACGUAGCAUCGCAUCAAUCCCAAGAUCAGACAUUCAACAACCGUCUUAAUGAGAUGGAAAGAACACACAAGCUCGAGGAAAAUCAGUGGACAGAGUACAUAAGAGAUUUGACAAUGAAAGUAGUGAACGCAGAAGAACAACUUCGUAAUAAAGACGAUGAACUGGAAAAAACAGAGCUGACAAUCAAGGAGCUGUUUGAAAAAUGUCACCAGUUGGGAGGUAGCAAUGGUGAUAUUAAGAACGAGUUGAUUCAUUGUCUGGAAUCCGGCAAAAAAUUGAAGGAUUUAAACACGAAAUUGCAAUUUUGUAAGGAUUAUUUGGAACAGCAAGUUGACGAAUUGAUCAAAGAACUUAAAGCAUCAAAGGCAUUGAAUGAACAGAUGCGACUUGAAAUGUCAAAUAUGAAUCGAGAAAAGCGCAAUUCAGAAAAGCAAUGUUUGCUCACACAAGAACAGUACAGCCAUGUACGGAGUGAAUUGGAAGUAGUUAAAGAAAAUUUAAGUAACACGCAAAAGCAUUUACAGGAUUAUGAAUCUGGAAAUCUCAGAAGUGCCAGUGCAAUGUCAGAGAUUUCGAAAGAAAAAGAAGCACACGAAACUACGAAACAAACUCUAGAAAAACAGAUUCGCGAAUUAGAAAGCCAUGCGAAAUUGCAGGAUGAAGAGUUGAAGAACGCGUUGCUUCUUGGCAGAAAAAUGAAAACAGAUUUGGUGCAGCUGCAGUCGAAAAUUGAAUAUUACCAAGAACAUUUUAUAGAAAAGCAAGAACUUCAAAAAAUUAAAAGUGAUCUUGAAAUCAAGUAUAAAUUGGAUUUGAACACUCAACUUCAAAAAGUCAGUGCGAUGUUUGAACAAGAGCAAAACGAACUGAUCACAACAAUGAGGACAUCACGUGCCUAUCGUCAAGACAACGAACUCGAGCCAAGCAACUCGCCAUUGCGUGCAACGUAUAGAACAUACAACUAAUCAAAUAACACGAACUUUGCCAUCAUGUGUUCUUAUUUUCUUUUUAAAUAAAUUUACAAAGAAAUAAUUCGAGAAAAACAACGAUACCUCAAA